AUGCCACCAGAUUCGCCUUGUGCUGCCUCACUGCUGCCUAUGCCCUCUCCAACCCCAGACUUUUUCUCCAAUCCGUGUUUUAUACUGUUCCCCCCCCCCCCCACCCCCCCCUCCUAUUUCCCCGCCCCCCCCCCUCUAACUCCGCUCUCUUAUUUCUCGGCCGGUCGGCCUUCAGAUCUCAACGUGCCGAGCCCCUGCUUGGAUAAGGUGUGCGACCAUGGGGCGGUGUGCGUGGUCAAAAAUGAUGAGCCGGUGUGCGAGUGCCCCGAGGUGUGCCCGCCAACCAGCGACCCCGUGUGCGGAUCGGACGGGCGCAGCUACACCAGCCCCUGCGAGAUGAGAGCGAUAAGCUGUGCUCUGCAGAAGGCCAUCCACAUCAGACACAAAGGACCCUGCCAUGAGGCCUGCUCCAACUGCUCCUUCGGGGCAAUCUGCGAUGCCCAAAGCAGACAGUGCGUCUGUCCGUCUGAGUGUGUGGAGUCCAACCAACCGGUGUGCGGCAGUGACGGCGCCACAUACGACAGCGAGUGCGAGCUGCACGUGAAGGCCUGCCUAGAACAGAUGGACCUGCGGGUGGUCAGCCAGGGAGAGUGCAAAACAUGUGGCGGCUCGGUGUGUCCCUGGGGCACCGUGUGUGUCCAGAAUAGGUGUGAGUGCCCACAGUGUCCUGGCGAGGGCUUCUCCCCGGUGUGCGGGAGCGACGGCAACACCUACGACAACGAGUGCGAGCUGCGCAGGUCCUCCUGCCUGCGGGAGAGGAGAAUUGAUGUGGCGAAGCCCGGCAGCUGUGAUGAAGACUGCGGCUCCGGGGGGUCGGGCUCGGGGGCGGAGACCUGCGAGCAGGACCGCUGCCGCACCUUCGGAGGCUCGUGGGACGAGGACGCGGAGGACGACCGCUGCGUGUGUGACUUCAGCUGCGGGAGUGUGCCGCACAACCUGGUUUGUGGCUCCGAUGGAAAGAACUACAGCAACGAGUGCGAGCUGAAGAAAGCCAGAUGUGAGAAACAGGAGCACUUGUUGAUCCAGAGUCAGGGACCUUGUGCAGCACUCUCAGCCGUGACUCCGACUGCGCUGACGGCGCCCCAGCACUGCGGCCUGUCGCUGUACGGCUGCUGCUCCGACAACGUGACGGCCGCCUUAGGAGUCGGGCAGGCCGGAUGUCCCAGUACCUGCCAGUGUAAUGUGUAUGGCUCCUACAAGGGGACGUGUGACCCAACCACUGGACAGUGCUCCUGUAAGCCCGGAGUCGGGGGGCAGAAGUGUGACCGCUGUGAGCCGGGCUUCUGGAAUUUCCGCGGCAUCGUAACAGAGAACACCAGCGGCUGCACGCCAUGCAGCUGCGAUCCUGUGGGCUCGGUCCGGGAUGAUUGCGAGCAGAUGUCGGGUCUGUGCUCCUGCAAGACGGGAGUGAGGGGUUUAAAGUGCAACGUGUGCCCAGAUGGAAGCAAGAUGGGCAUGAAUGGCUGUGACAACGGACCCGAUGCCCCUAAAUCUUGUGACGAUUUGGUGUGCAGUUACGGAGCAACAUGCACAGUGGUCAACGGGCAAGCCCACUGUGAGUGCCCCUCGCCCGACUGCGACUUGAAGAAUAAAACUAAGGUGUGUGGCUCAGAUGGCGUGACCUACGCUGACCAGUGCCAGCUGAUGACCAUAGCCUGCAGGCAGGACCAGAACAUUACGGUGCAACACUUUGGACAGUGCACAGAAUCCAUCGACUCGGCAGACAGACCCACCCCCACUCCCUCCGCCACCACCGCCGCAGCCACCAUCACCACCGCCGCCCCUUUCCACCCUAACAAUGUGUGGGCCAUCCCGUCUCCGGUAACGGUCAAGCCAGGGGUCGCGGAGAAGCCUCCAGCCACCACCGCCAAUUCCAAACUUAACCAUGCGCGAUCCAACAACCGCCACUUCACCACCACCACCGCCGCCCCCCCCUCUGGCAGCAGUCCCGCUACGACUGUAGUUCCCUCAUUCGAGGGCUCGGGCAGCGGGGAGCCGAGCGGGGACGCCCUGCCCGACGAGGAGGAGGGGCAGGAAGAUGAAGUGGGUAGUGGGAUCACUCCAGAAUCCAGUGGGGCAGAUGAGCCUUUCGCUCCCGUGGUGACCAGCACCACCGUACCCGCGGCCGAGGACAGGUCAUCCUGCGACAACACCGAGUUUGGCUGCUGUCCCGAUGGCAAGACACCAUCCGGCAACCCGGAGGGCUCCAACUGCCCCUCCUACCAUGGCACAGCCAGCUUUUGGGAUGAGUCUCCAUCUGCCACCACAAAGUUCAGUGGCUUCCUCCAUCUGGACCAGGUGGAUGGCCAGGACAUCAUCUACACGCCGGAGAUGCAGGACCCGAAGUCGGAGCUGUUCGGGGAGACGGCCCGCAGCAUCGAGAGUGCCCUCAGUGACUUGUUCAGGAAGUCGCAGGUGCACAGAGACUUUAUGAGCGUUCGAGUCCGAAACCUGGCACCCAGCAACUCCAUCCUGGCCAUCGUAGACGCCCACUUCAGGCCCGAUACAAAGUACACUUUGGAAGACGUCGAGGGAGCCCUGCUGAAACAGUUAAAGGCCUCCAAAGACACGAGCAUCUCUGUGAAGAAGCCAGAGCACCAGAAUAUUAGAUUCAUCAAUAACGGCCUGCCAUCUGUUCCCAUCUUCACCACCACCACCACCACCACAGCUGCAGUGCCCACGGUGGCCCCCACCACCACCACCAGGGCUCCGUCCACCUCCCCAUUCAUCACGCGGCGCCCGCCGGGCACCACCCGUAGGCCCGCCGGCGGCCGGCGCACCACCACCGCCGCCCCGCCCGUCACCACGCCGCCCCCCGUCAGCACCUCCACGGCCACCCAGCCGCCGGCCACCACGGCCAUCCGGGGACGGCUGUCCCACCACAACCAAAGGCCCUGCGACUCCCACCCCUGCCUGCACGGGGGCAGCUGCGAGGACGACGGCGCCGACUUCAGCUGCAAGUGCCCCACCGGACGAGAGGGGGUAGUGUGUGAGAAAGCGAAGAAGUACUUCAUCCCGUCGUUUGACGGCGAGUCUUACAUGACCUUCCAGAAAAUGAGCGCCUACCACACGGUCCGCAUCGCCAUGGAGUUCAGGGCCUCCGACAUGAACGGCCUCCUGCUCUUCAACGGCCAGCUGAAAAAGAAGGACUUCAUCUCCCUGGCUCUGGUCAACGGCAGCGUGGAGCUCAGGUUCAACACGGGGUCGGGCACGGGCACCCUGGUCAGCAAAGUCAAGAUAAGUCAGGGGGGCUGGCAUCAGCUCGUGGUGUCCCGCAACCGGCGAAACGCUUCGCUCAGCGUGGACAACGAGAAGCACAUCCAGGGCGAGAGCCCGCGGGGAACAGAGGGCCUCAACCUGGACACCGACCUGUUCAUCGGAGGGAUGACCAAGGAGCUGAGGAAGGACGUGAAGGAGAGGACAGGCGUUGACAAGGGUCUGACGGGCUGCAUCCGCCUGCUGGACGUCAACAACCGGAUGCUCAGCCUCCAGGAGAACGGCGGGGACAGCAUCAACAGCAGCGGCGUGGUGGAGUGCAGCGGCGAGCCCUGCCAGCCCAACCCCUGCAGGCACGGCGCUCAGUGCCAGGUCAAGGAGGCCGGGAGGUUCCACUGCAAGUGCAGCAAAGGAUUCUGGGGUCCAACGUGUGCUGACAUCCAUGAUCCCUGCACCCCCAGCAAGUGCCAUGUGACCUCCAAGUGCCACGCCAAGCCAGAGGGAGGAUACAAAUGCGAGUGUCCUCCGGGCCGGGAAGGCAAACACUGCGAUAAAGUGGUGGAGAGGAGAGGGGCUUACAUCCCGCAGUUCAAUGGAAACUCCUACCUGCAGCUGAAGGGGCUCCAUCUCUACGGGCACGAGCUGCAUCAAAAACUCAGCAUGACGGUCGUUUUCAUGGCUAACGGAUCCAACGGUUUGAUCUUCUACAAUGGCCAGAAAUCCGACGGCAAAGGCGACUUCAUUUCUUUGUCCCUGAACAAUGGGAUCUUGGAGUUUCGCUACGACCUCGGAAAGGGACCGGCUAUUAUCAGGAGUAAGAAACCAAUCCAGCUGAACGUGUGGAACACGGUCAACCUGGAGCGCUCCCAGCGCAAAGGAGAGAUCAUGGUUAACCAGAAGGACCGCGUCAUGGGAGAGUCAGCAGAGGGGCACUUUAAUCUCAACCUGAAAGAGUCUCUGUUUGUUGGUGGAGUUCCCGACUACAGCAAGCUGCCCAGAAUCGCCGCGCUCACGGAGGGCUUCAAGGGAGCCAUCCAAAAGAUUCUGCUGAUGAGUACACCCAUCCUCAGGGAGGAGAACGCCCUGAACUCCAGCAACGUGCUCAUGUUCCAGGGCCACCCCUGCUCCCAGGAACCCUGCCAGAACGGCGGACGCUGCAGCCCUGAGCUGGACACCUACGAGUGCGCUUGCCCCCUCGGAUUCUCAGGAGACAACUGUCAAAACAACAUCCACGAGAAGUCCGCCGGAGAGACUGAAGCCAUCGCCUUUGACGGCCGGACAUUCAUCGAGUACCACAAUGCUGUUACAAAGAGUCCCGAGUCUCUGGAGAACCCAUCUGACCAGAGCGAGAAAGCUCUGCUGGUGAACAAAUUUGAGCUGAGCAUCCGGACGGAGGCCACCCAGGGCCUGGUGCUGUGGAGCGGGAAGGGCGUGGAGCGCUCCGACUACAUCGCCUUGGCCAUCGUGGACGGGCGCAUCCAAAUGACCUACGACCUGGGCUCCAAGCCCGUGGUGCUGCGCUCCUCCGUGCGCGUAAACACCAACAGCUGGACACGCAUCAAGGCCAGCAGAGCACUUCGAGAUGGCUCUUUACAGGUCGGCAACGAGGCAGCGGUAACGGGGUCGUCGCCGUUGGCAGCCACACAGCUGGAUACAGAUGGAGCCCUCUGGUUAGGUGGCCUGGAAGAGCUGGCAGCAGCCCGUCGGUUGCCCAAGGCCUACAGCACCGGCUUCGUUGGCUGCAUCAAGGACGUGGUGGUGGACGGAGUGGAGCUCCACCUGGUGGAGGACGCCUUAAACAGCCCCAAAAUAUUACACUGCUCCGCCGCCAAAUAA